AUUGAAACCAACGUUAUAAUAGAGGCGAAGCGGAUUUUAUUUGCAUUUGUUUCGCGACGGUGUUACUUAAAUAAUCACUGUACAGGGGUGGUUUUCGAUUCGAUUCCUGUGUGUUUGUGUGUCAAGUGUUGGGAUUGUUUUGUUACUUAAACGUUACUUUAUAAGAAAGCAAAAGGAGAUGGACUCGAAGUUCCACCGCGUCAAGACCGACGAGGACGAAGAGGAGUUCGGCCCCAAGGAGACGGUCAGGAUAUGGAAGAACGUGCUGGUGGUCAGCUUCGCGUUCAUGAUCCAGUUCACCGCCUUCUGGGGCGCCUCCAACUUGCAGAGCUCCGUGAACGCCGAGGCUGCACUGGGGACCUUCACAUUGGCUGCGAUCUACGCGUCGCUGAUCCUUUCCAACAUAUUCUUGCCGGUCAUGGUCAUUAGAUGGUUGGGUGUAAAGUGGACCAUAGCCCUCUCCUUCGUGACUUACAUGCCUUUCAUCGCCGCCCAGUUCUACCCCAAGUUUUACACGAUGAUACCCAGUGGUCUGGCCGUUGGUUUUGGUGGCGGCCCCCUGUGGUGCGCCAAAUGCACCUACCUAACCGUAAUCGCCGAAGCUUACUCCAAGUUGACCGGAAUGAGCUCAGACAUAGCUGUCACCAGGUUCUUCGGCGUCUUCUUUAUGUUCUAUCAGUUCUCCCAAGUGUGGGGCAACCUGAUUAGUUCCGCAGUACUGUCAUCGGGCACUGGCACGGAACCAGCACCCGCCAACGAAACGACACCCUUCAAUUCCACCGCCCUGUUCGCGAAUCUGACUAAGCUCGCACAAACCGAUCCCGGUGAUGUAUGUGGCGCCAAUUUUUGUCCCGCCGCCGCAGCCGAGGCCCCCAACCCCAACUUGGAGCCGCCGAGCGCCGCCAAAAUUAACCUGAUCACCGGCAUCUAUUUGGCCUGCAUGUUUGCAGCCGUCAUGAUUGUGGCUUUCGGGGUCGAUUCCAUGAAACGUUAUGGCAAAGGUCGAAAGGGCAGCGGCAGCGGACUGUCAGGAUUCAAGUUGCUGGCCGUGACUAUGAAACAACUGGCCAAUCCUUAUCAGUUAUUAAUUUUACCAAUUACCAUGUUCAUCGGGGCCGAACAAGCUUUUAUAGCUGCGGAUUUCAACGCCGCGUUCGUCUCCUGCGGCUGGGGCAUCAGCAACAUCGGCUUCGUGAUGAUAUGCUUCGGCGUCUGCAACGGGCUGGCGGCCAUUUUCACCGGAAGUAUAGUGAAAAUAACCGGACGCAAUCCGGUGAUAUGCUUCGCGCUCUCGCUCCACGUCGCCCUGAUCGUCACCCUGCUGGUCUGGCGGCCCACGCCCGACGGUAAACUAAUCUUUUUCGUCAUCUCCGGCCUGUGGGGCAUCUGCGAUGCGGUCUGGCUCGUUCAAAUUAACUCGCUGAGUGGGAUUUUGUUCCCCGGCAAAGAGGAGGCGGCGUACAGUAAUUUCAGGUUGUGGGAGAGCACCGGAUCCGUCAUUACUUACGCCUACAGUCCGUAUUUGUGCACCCACAUCAAGUUGUACCUGUUGCUUGGCUUGCUGCUGAUUGGCAUCAGCGGUUACACCGGUAUUGAGAUGCUGAAAAGCAAGAAACAAGAUGAAGGGGAAGAUGCCUCCAAAGGAGAAUUUACGUUGGUGAAGAACAGGGCUAAAUCUGGUGAAGUUGCUGAAUGACUAACUGUGAUAUUGGGAAGAAUGAAAGACACCGAAGAAACUAGUUAAUAAUUGCA